AUGGUGUACACCAAAACUGUACCACAUGGUCAGACAAUUAAUGGGAAGUACUACAUUUUAGUAUUGAAGCAAUUAAUCAAAGAUCGCAUCCCAACAAAGGGGACAGACCUCGUCGGACGUUGGAAACUGCAUCACGACAAUGCUCGCCACCAUGUUGCCAAUACUGUGCUUCAUUUUUUAGCCAAAAAAAUGGAAACUGUGCCAAAUCCACCCUACUGCCCUGACUUGGCUCCAUGUGACUUUUUUUUGUAUCACCAGGCCAAAAAGGAGGCCAAAGGCCGGCAUUUCCCAUCUGCUACUGCCGCUAUUAAGACUUUAGAGUCAAUUUUGAGGGUUCUGUCUAAGGAGUGCUUUGAACAACGUCUUCAAGGAGUGGUAGAGGCAGUGUAA